AUUCUGCAGCAAGGAACCAAGAACAUUCUGUCACCAAGACGAGGGCAGCUUCAAUCAAGCAAACUGCGACGGAGCAAUCACCAGUCCGUGCAGUCACUCACAAGGACAGCGAUCAUAGCCUACAUGAACAUGUCACAUGUCACAUCAGCAUCAAUCCCGAACUAUUCAUCAUCCAUGUGCUAUGAUGCCAAGCAAGACCCUGGCAGGCCGUGA